GCCAGCGCUCGCGACGACCGCUCGGGGUUCUCCCCUCGGAGACUCGAGCUCGGGACUCAGGGGGACACCGGUAGGACACGCGCAGUCGCCUCCGUCGCCUCCCACCCCGCCGCGAAACCCACAUCGCCGAGGUAGGAAGGCCCCCAGGGGCGGACCACGGGAGGGGUGCCGAUAUUGUCUCCGUCCGGUGACGAGUGCCCCUGAUAUCAUGAGCUCGCUGGCCAAGACGCGGCUGCAGACCGAGCGCAAGGGCUGGCGCAAGGAUCACCCCCACGGGUUCGUCGCCAAGCCCCGCACCGCCAGGGACGGAUCCGUCGACCUCCUCAACUGGGACUGCAAGAUCCCGGGCAAAGCUGGCACCCUCUGGGAGAAGGGGCUCUACCCCAUCCGACUGGAGUUCACCGAGGAUUACCCGUCCAAACCGCCCAAGGUUUCGUUCCCCGCCGGGUUCUUCCACCCUAACGUCUACCCCAGCGGCAAGGUGUGCCUCAGCAUCCUCAACGAGGACAAAGGCUGGAAGCCCUCCAUCACCGUCAAGCAGAUCCUGGUGGGUGUCCAGGAGCUGCUCGAUAAUCCCAACAACGCCGACGCGGCGCAGGAGGCUGCUUACAAGCUGUUCAAGAAGAGCGGAGCCGAGUACGCCAAGCGGGUGAGGAUAGAGGCGGCCAAGUACACGGAGGCCCCGGCGGGUUUCGUGGCGGGCGGCGGCGCCACGGGAGCGGAGGACGACGUGAUCGUUCUCUGACGAGACGAAACUCUCUCUAAUAGUCUGCUAGUUUUUUUUUCAACCUUACUAUACAUCAAGUGACGAACGCAGAGUGGACGCCCGCGCGACGCCGCGUCAAACCCCCCUGGCCGCCGUACCUUCCCCCCGCCACCACGCGGUCCCCGAUCAGCCUCGGCCGCUCCGGCAUCGCGUCCCCCCGCGUCGUCCUGGUAAACUCGAAGAGCACCGCGGGCGACCGGUAAAUGCGAAUCAACAACCAGUACAGCCGCUCCUCCAGCGCAAACUCCUUCGCCGCGCGCAUCGCGUAUAUGUCCUCGCACAGCCGCACCAGCCUGUGCGUGCUGGGCAGCUCCAUGUACGGGAUGUGCUGCGUGAGGUUGGUGGUGAACUGCCUGGCGAACGAUCCGACGGCGAGGACGUACACCACGUACACGCCCGUCAAUCCACCGACGAAUUUUGAAAACGAAGCCAACGCGCCCCUCGCGACUUGCGCCGAUACCAGUAUGAGCUCCGGUCCCUGUCCGUGCGAAUCGCACGGCACGAACAUGUCGUAAUUGUUGGCGUCCACCUGCACCAAGACCUGGCCGCAUCGAGCGCCCCACCACGGCUGCGGCGUGCCGAAUCCGUUGAGCCGCAGCUCGCAGUCGACCAUCGCGUCGGUGCUGUAGUUGGCGAUGGGCUCGCCGUUGCCCAACAGCCGCCACGCGCGGGGAUACAGACCGCGGAUCAGCACCACGUCCCUGUCGCCGCUCGCAACCUGGUAGAACUGCUGCGCGAGCGUCCUGUCGAGCUUGACGGGCGGCCCUCGCGCGUACAGAACCUGGUUAUCGAGCGGGAGUUUCCGCUCAAACGUCCAAGCCGCCUCGACAACCGUGCCCGGAGUGGAUACCACCCCUUUGAACGCGGCGAGGCGAGGGGGCGGCGGCGCCCAGACCCUGUCGCUGUCCGGCGCGAGGCACACCUCCUGCACCUGUCCCGGGUAGGUGAUGGGCGGCGCGGACGUGUUCGUGUUGAGAUCGGCCCACGCGUACGGAACGCCGAUGUGUUUUUGGUACCCCCCGUAAAACACGGGAAACGUGGCGGUGCCGUCCCUGGCGGAUACCGUUAUGUUGAGACUCGCGGCGUGCACGGGAUUGACGCCAACCUGCGGGUUACUCGUGGAGAACACGUAGAAGGGCACCAGUAUGAUGGAGAGCAGCAGCAGGAACAGCCCGCCGCCCUGCACGAUGACCUUCUUCCACCGCGGCUGCGGCGCGCCGAAGGGGUGGUACGCUCGGUAUGUGUCGUUCCGAACGUUGACCCGGAAAAGUUCGCGGUUGAUGUUCUCGAGUUUGAGCCAGUCGAACAGGUCCAGCGCGCUGUCCGUGCACGCGUAGUC